CCAAGAAUCUGAUAUCUUUACAAACACCUGAUACCGGAAAGCACAUUCGAGCAGUUAAUACCGUCUAGGGUUUUUUUUUUUAAUAAGGAGAAGAGAGGUAUAAGGUAUUGGUAGAAGAGUAGAGACGAAACCUGUCACUGCUCACAGUAAGCAGUAUCAAGUAAUUUAAACAUGCACAACGCCUGAAAAAGCAGUAGUUCACACAGGAGAUAUGUGCGCAAAAGUAGUUCAGCCACAUCCCAACCAGGCGACCCCACAAUCUGGUAAUAAAGCAACCCGCUUGAGAAUCGGGGAGCAAAUAGAUGUCACACCAGAGCCAUACCUUGCUAACCCAUUUACACCAUGGCAUCCACCUUCCUUGCAACAAUGAGCCUGCUCAUCACUCACAUGGUGUCCGCCUCCGGCGCCACCGCUGGUGGCGCCACCGUACCUUCCCCACCUAAGGUCAGCAGCGACAUCACCACCACGGUGCAGGAAAUGCAGCGGGCGCGCUACUUCACCUUUGUCAUGCUCGUCAGGAUGGUGCAGGAGAAGAUACCGCGCAACACCACCUUCCUGAUGCCCAGUGACAGGCUGAUGUCCACGGCAUCAAUCUCCGAGAGCCAAGUGCUGGAGUUCUUGUCCAGGCAUUCCAUCGCGGCACCGCUGAAGUUCGACGACCUCAUCAAACUUCCCAAUGGAACAGUAGUUCCCACCCGCCACUCGGGUGACACGAUCACAGUGACCAACAGCAGGGACCAGAAGCUCUACAUCAACGGCAUCAAGCUCACAAUUCCUGAUCUCUGCCACUCAGGGAAGUUGUUCAGGUGCCACGGAAUAAAUGGAGUCAUAAGGCCAACAGCAGCACAGAGAGUAAAAGCCGCUUGCACUCACACUUCUGCAGCACCAGUGAUACCUUUGGCCGAAAACCAAUCCUUGAGCACAUCUUCUUUACCAUCUCCCAACACAGGUUCUGCCACGCUCCCUGCCAAUGAACCUGCAGCAGGAAGCUCUCAAAGUUCAGAUACUUCUAUGUCCAAAACUGGAUUGGCUAGUACUACCUUAAUGAUAGCAUUGAUAUUUUCCAUUUUCUGA